AUGACAUCGGUCCGGUUGAGUAACAAUUCUUCAAACUUGGACGUUGCUACACUUACAAGUUUUGGUUAUAGACCUUGCGAAGAGGAUAAUGAAAAUGUAAUAUCGAAAUUAUUUCAACGUGUAAAGAGUUCAUUCGUCGUGUCUCCUGGCACCUCAAACUUAAACAACUCUACAGAUCCUCUCGAAAACUCACCUACAAACUCUUCUCAAGAUCCUGAGUUUGAACCUUCGAAAAGUACUUCGUCGCUCUUAUUACCUGAUAAAGAUAAUAAAGGCUUUAAGACGCCCGCACCUCCUGUCAUUUCAAUAGAACCUUUUCUUGGAAGUGCUCCACCAAAGCUUAUGGUAGAAUCUGUGGAAACUGUUCAAGAACCCGUUAAUGGUACUAUAAAUGGUAUCAAUACUACUCCAAAUUCAGUUAAUGGUGUUAGUAACCAUCAAGACAAACCCGAAUUAGCAUCUCAAGACACACAUUCUAUUCAUAAAGAUGUUUCGGAUACUCGAUCUGUUCAUUCUAUUCAAACUACUGCUUCUACUAGUAAUAAUUCUGGUUAUUCUUUUAGUAAAGUUAUCAGAAGAUUACGUGGUGAAGGUGUAAAUAAAGGCUAUUGGAUGGCUGAUGAUACUUGUAAAGAAUGUUAUGAAU